CAAUUAAUGCAAGGUUAUCCAUAUCACUCAGUACAUGAUAUUCCACGUCGUUACUUAGCCACACUAGCUUCAGAACAAACGUGACAAGUGGUGCAUGACGGAGCCACGUGUUGUGAGUCUGCCUGUCUGUCUCUAAAGGAACGGGCAGGUUAGCUUGACUGUGAACCAUUUACUGAAAAGGAUUUAAUAUUUCGGAAGAAGUGGUACUUUUCAUAUUAAGAACACCUGACUUAUCAUUCGAAAACAAGACAAGUCUUCCAACCUACUGCCUUAUUGUAUGCUUGUGAUCAGAAUUGUGACACGGCUUAAAAGUUCAACAAAUAGAUGGAGAAUCUGCUGAGCUUUGGCCUGACUCUCUUCCUAACCCUCGGCCUGGUCCUGUCCGAGGUGGGUGGGCAGAAGGAAGGCGUCCAUGGGGGGAGUCCUCAGAAGCCUCGCUCGUCCGAAACAAAGCCGGGCCGCUGCUCGUACACCUUCAUCGUUCCCCAGCAGAAGCUCAAGGGGGCCCUAUGUGUGAGCACGGAGUCUGCCGGUGCCAACCAGACCGAGUUGGCGGCGCUGCGGGCAGCGCUGAGUCGCCAGCAGGGGCAGCUGGAGAAGUUGCAGGGGCAACUGGAGCAGGAGGGGGCCCUGGUCACCGAACUAAGGGUGCUGCGAAAGGAGAGCAGCGGCAUGAACGCCCGCAUCACCCAGCUUUAUGCCCAGCUACUGCAUGAGGUCAUCCACAAAAAGGACCAGGCGUGGGAGCAGCAAAGGCUAGAAAGCCUACUGCUCAAUGCCACGACGCAGGUUCUGCAGGUAUCCAGCAGCUACAGGGAGCUGGAGAAGAAGUAUGGAGUCCUGACGUCCAUGAUGGUCAACCAGAGCCAGCUCAUCUCCCAUUUGGAGAAGCAGUUUCGGAUCAAAGACAUAACUCCAACCCUUCAGGUGACCUCUCCGCCCACAAGACCCCAAUCCAAUGACAGCUCCGAUCCCAACCAAAUGACUAACAAUGUUCAAAGAGACCAGGGCGCCCCUCCCCUACAGAAGGAACAGUCCCAGGAGACCAACGUUCUCCCCACCAAUAUGCCCAGUGUCCCCACAGAACCGACUUUCAUCAGCUUUCCUGUCACCAAGACCCCAGGUCCCUGGCGGGACUGCCAGCAUGCUUUGGACUCAGGCGAGGCCACCAGUGGGAUCUACCUGCUGCGCCCACAGAGUGCCAACCGUCUCCUGCAGGCGUGGUGCGAGCAGGCCCAGGCCCAGGGCGGCUGGACCGUCAUCCAGAGGCGACAGGACGGAUCGGUCAACUUCUUCAGAAACUGGGAGCAGUAUAAGCAAGGCUUUGGAAACCUGGAUGGAGAGUACUGGCUAGGACUGGAGCACCUCUACUGGCUGACCAAACAGGCCCACUACAAGCUACGGGUGGCCAUGGAGGACUGGCAGGGCCGGCACGUGUUUGCUGAGUACAGCAGUUUCCACCUGGAGCCAGAGACUGAUUGGUACCGUCUGAGACUAGGAGAUUACAGUGGCAACGCUGGAGACUCUCUCUCCUGGCACAACAACAGGGCAUUCACCACUCUGGACCGGGACAAGGACGGCUACUCGGGAAACUGUGCACACUACCAGAAAGGGGGAUGGUGGUAUCACAUGUGUGCCCACUCCAAUCUGAAUGGAGUCUGGUAUCGAGGCGGGCACUACCGCAGCCGCUACCAGGACGGAGUGUACUGGACAGAGUUCCACGGGGGCUCCUACUCCCUAAAGAAAGUCACCAUGAUGAUCAAACCUACAUAGCCCACUGCCUGUUCAUAGCCAGGUGAU